UUAAACACAAUUGAUUUUUUGAGACAUCGUAAAGAUGGUGUUGAAUAUUUUACAAGUUAUGGAAGUCUAAGAGAAUGAAGGAUGUAUUCUGUUAAGUUUGUCAUCGGAAUUUUCUUUUUUCUUUCAUUAACAGAUUUGACUACUUCAUUAGAUAACAAUACAUUCGCAUCUACAGAAAAGCAGUUGAUUAAAGCACUCCUGGAUCGGUAUGCAAAGUUUGGUAGAAUAGGACGACCGGUAAUGAAGACAGACGAGAGUAUAGAUGUAGAGUUUGGUAUGUCUCUUAUACAAAUACUCGAUGUGGAUGAAAAAAAUCAAGUAUUAGAAACUAAUGUUUGGUUGACAUACAGUUGGACAGACGUACUUCUUGUAUGGAAUGCUUCAGAGCAUGAUGACAUUAGUAUUGUUCGGGUUCCUUCAGAUUUGAUUUGGAUUCCAGAUAUAGUUUUGUAUAAUUUUGCGGACCCUAGGCUAGAAGAAAAAAGAGAUGCGUUGGUACUUGUAGAACCAAACGGACAUAUAUUUUGGAUGCCACAAGCUAUUCUAAGGAGUUCUUGUAGUUUCGAUACAACAUAUUUUCCAUUUGAUGAACAGUAUUGUCAUUUGAAAUUUGGAUCCUGGACUUACGAUGGCACAAAACUAGAUAUAUUUUUCUAUCAGAAUCUGACUAUGUUUUCCUUGUCAGAUUAUAUAGCUGCCACUGAAUGGGAUAUAAUAGAAAACGUUGCUAAGAAGUCAGAGAAAUUUUACGACUGCUGUCCUAACACUCCAUAUCCAGAUUUAAAAUUCUACUUACGAAUCAAGCGCAAAGUAGCUUUUUACAGCUUUAUACUGAUACUUCCUUGUUCAUUGCUGUCUCUUCUGACAUUAGUAAUAUUCUGGGUACCACCAGAAUCUCCAGCAAAACUUGUACUGGGAAUGAAUAUAUUUGUUGCUUUUUUUGUUUUACUAUUGUUAUUAGCAGAGUCUACACCGAAAGCAGCAGAUUCGGUGCCAUUAAUAGGCACUUACUUCUGCUUGAGUAUGAUACUAAUUACUGUUUCUACAGUGUUAUCAACUAUAGUUGCUAAUAUGUUUUUCCGAGGAGUUAGGAUUAAUCGAGCACCAUCAUGGCUACGAAAGUUGAUGAUCGAUGUCGUAGCAAGACUUUUCUUUAUUCGCGACAAAUUGAUCGAGAAUGAGGAACGUAACGAUGAAACCGUUCGGAAUCUAUGGAGCAUGAAAAUGGCAUCAGACAAAAACUGUAAUGCUGCUGAAGAUAAAGGUGUAAGAGUACGAUUACUUGCCGAGAAAAAAGAAGAGUUUUAUCGCGCUGAUUUAUAUGAAAAUGGUCAAUCAAAUGGAGACAUUGAUUUUUCAAUUCCAAUUCGUUCAGGAUUGGCAGAGGACAUACGGGUCAUACGAGAAAUUGUAGAGAAGUAUCAAGAUCAGAAGAAAAGAAAUGAAAUAAAAGAAAAACACAUCCGGGAAUGGAAAGUGAUCUGCUGUAUAACUGACCGUUUGUUUUUUCUGUUGUAUUUAAUAAUCAAUAUUGUAGGUGUUAUUAUAAUUUUUUUCCUAGAAUGAAUCAUUAACUACAAUCUAUGCAGGAUGAUACAACGAUGACAACAACGAGAUUCUAUUAUAUAUAACACAAAUAAUGAUAAUGUACCAGUCAAUUUUUUGUAGACUUUCAAGUAUAUGUCUAAAUUUUAUUGAAUUUUUUAUGUUAUCGGCAAUAUAUCCCAAUAAAUUAUUAUCUUUCAUAUUGCAAAACCAGAUAUGAGUAGAGGACAGAAAUAAGAAAUGGCAAUUUGGGAGCAUAUUCAUUUUUUCAGUUGUUUAUCUUUAAAAGAUUUGAAAUAAGAUAUCUUUUACCCUUAACCUAAACCAAGUCUUCGAUAUAAAUUAGACAAAAAUCACAACCACGAGUAUUUUUCUUUUUGCUAUAUUUUCUCUAUUUUGGAUGUCUAAAACUUCCAUUCGUUGAUUUUCUGUUUUGAUUACCAUUUCUGUAUUUCUGUCACCUUGAUUUUCUUCUUUCUGUUUUAAUCGAUAUACAUGUAUCUUUCAAUCUAUUUUAAGUGUGUUUU